CUGAGAGUAGCAUCCAUGCUAACUCAGGCACUGCUUCUGCCGGCGGACAUCCACGGCAUUCGUGGCGUGAUGCUCUGUCUUUUAAUAUUUUGACCACUUUAAAAGCGGACAUUAUUGUUAUGGUGUCGGAGGAUGGAAACGGACGACGUGUCGGUGAGGGAGCAACUUUUCCACAACCGUGUCCGGGAGACUAUAAUCUGCGUACUUCUGUUUACAUGCCUCUACAUUGUUUGCUACCUCAUACUUGCCCGCUUCAAGAAGACUGCAGAGUUUGUCACAGAUGAUAUCGAGGAUGCUACCGUCAACAAAAUUGCGCUGUGGUUGUGCACGUUCACGCUGUCGGUGGCGGUGUGCGCCGUGCUGCUUCUCCCCAUCUCGAUCCUGUCCAACGAGGUGCUGCUCACGUUCCCUCAGAGCUACUACAUGCAAUGGCUGAAUGGAUCGCUUAUCCGUGGAUUGUGGAACCUAGUGUUCCUUUUCUCCAAUUUGUCCCUGGUUUUCCUGAUGCCCUUCGCCUACUUCUUCACGGAGUCUGAGGGGUUCGUGGGGUCCAAAAAGGGGGUCAUGGCACGAGUAUACGAAGCAGUUGUCCUGCUGCUGCUGCUCGCUCUCCUCGUGCUGGGCAUCGUGUGGGUGGCGUCAGCGCUUCUCCACAACAACGUGGCCAGGAAGAGCCUCUACGACCUUUGGGAGUACUACCUUCCCUACUUGUACUCGGGCAUCUCUCUUUUUGGAGUGCUGCUGCUACUGCUGUGUACUCCUUUUGGGCUGUCGCGAAUGUUCAGCGUGACGGGCAGCCUCUUGGUCAAACCCCGGCUGUUUGAAGAUGUGGACGACGCUCUCAGCUGCGCCACAUUUGAGGACGACUCGCUGUCCAGGAAACUGAAAUGUGGCGCUUCCCAUUUGUCCUGGGUCAAACUGAACAUGGAGGCCAUGAGGAAAGAUCACCAAGCAGUCCGGACACGGCGUAUCGCCUUGGAGACACGACGGAAAGCGUCACCAUGGCAGAGAAACCUGGGCUAUCCGUUGGCCAUGCUGAUGCUCCUCAUCCUCACAGCGAUCUGUGUGCUGAUGGUCUGUUUCAAUGUGUUGGAGUUGCUCCUCGACGACGCCGCGAUGCCCAGACGAAUGGAGGACCCUCACCUCGGGAUGGCCUCCUUCUCCAUGUUUGGUUCCCUGGGGGCAGCAGUUCAAGUCGUCCUCAUUCUCUAUCUCAUGGUGUCAUCCGUGGUCGGGUUCUACAGCUCUCCGCUCUUCACGGGUCUGGUGCCUCGCGCGCAGGACACCAACCUCACACAGAUGAUCGCCAACUGCGUGUCCCUCCUCAUCCUGAGCUCCGCCCUUCCAGUGUUUUCACGUACGCUCGGGAUCACACGCUUUGACCUGUUGGGGGACUUUGGACGGUAUAACUGGCUGGAGAACUUCUACGUUGUCUUCCUGUACAACAUGAUGUUUGCUGGCCUCACCUCGGCAUCCCUGAUCAAGACGCUCACAUGGGCGGUCCAGAGAGAACUCAUCCGUGCUUUUGGUCUCCACAGACUUCCUUUAACCGUGUCUCGAUCCACUGUCCCGUUCAGACUCCUCCUGGUUGAAUUGGAGGCGUGUGCUGGCGCAGUGGGAGCGCGGAGAGGAAGGGAGGGCAAUCUGCUGCAGACUCUAAUAAGACCCAAUGGCUGGUCAAGGCGGCCAGGAGGACUUCAAGUGGACAAAGGACGCCGGAGAAGAAGAAGAGGAGGAGGAAAACAGGAGUCGAGACGAGACAGGAGGAGGUUAGUAUGACUG